CUGCUUUCCUUAUAGGGCAAUGAAAACAGAGGACUCUCAACAAUCCAACCCACUGUCUUCAUUUCCUUGGGGAUAGAAACCCAUGAUAGUGAGUUCUUCAGAGAAGUGAAAGUGGCCUAGAGGGAUCCAGUAAUUCCUGUUAGCAACUGGCUUUAUAAGUCAGUGAGCCCGGAGCCGUCUCAUCAUCCAGCCUGAAGUCCCAGGAGUGCAAAGAUGUCCCAGCGCGCAGCUUCCUUGUACCUGGCCUCCCUGUUGCUCUUCUCCCUUGCCCUCCACAGUGCCCUGGCCCUGAAGCUCUGCUCCUUCAAUGUGAGGUCCUUCGGGGAGAGCAAGAAGAGAAACCAAAAUGCCAUGGAUGUCAUUGUGAAGAUCAUCAAACGCUGUGACCUCAUACUCCUGAUGGAAAUCAAGGACAGCCGCAACAACAUCUGUCCCAUGCUGAUGGAGAAGCUGAACGGAAAUUCACGGAGAAGCACCACAUACAACUACGUGAUUAGUUCUCGACUGGGAAGAAACACAUACAAAGAACAGUACGCCUUCUUCUACAAGGAGAAGCUGGUGUCUGUGAAGAUGAAGUACCUCUACAAUGACUAUCAGGAUGGAGACAAAGACGUGUUUUCCAGGGAGCCAUUUGUGGUUUGGUUCCAGUCGCCCUUCACUGCUGUCAAGGACUUCGUGAUUGUGCCCUUGCAUACGACUCCUGAGGACUCCGUUAAAGAGAUAGAUGAGCUGGUUGAUGUCUACGAGGAUGUGAGACGUCGAUGGAAGGUGGAGAAUUUUGUCUUCAUGGGUGAUUUCAACGCUGGCUGCAGCUAUGUUCCCAAGAAGGCAUGGCAGAACAUUCGUUUGAGGACAGACAGCCGCUAUGUUUGGCUGAUUGGUGACCAAGAGGACACCACGGUCAAACAGAGCACCAACUGUGCCUAUGACAGGAUUGUGCUUCGAGGACAAGAGAUAGUCAGCUCUGUGGUUCCCCGUUCAAAUGUCGUCUUUGACUUUCAGAAAGCUUAUCGGUUGUCUGAAAAGGAGGCCCUGAAUGUCAGUGACCACUUUCCAGUUGAGUUUAAGCUACAGUCUUCACAGGCCUCCACCAACAACAGAAGAUCUGUUUCCAUAAAGAAGAAAAAAGGCAAUCUCUCUUAGGUACCGUGGUGCCAUUUUUUUUUUAAGCCACUACUUGUUUCCAAAUAAAAUGGCUCUCAUAGUUCUAAACUAUGUGCACGCUCAGGAAUUAA